AUUUUGUGAUAAAAAAAUGUGCUUUUUAUCAGUUAUUUAGUAUUUUUUUCCAACAGCACGUUUCCUUUUUUUCUGUUUUAUUUUCGUAUUCGUUUAAUUCGAUUGUCAAUACAAAAUUAUUCGUCAUAUGCACAUUGUCGUGCGGUUUAUUAGACACCUUUAUAUUAUUUUCUUAAUUUAAUGUAUAAUACCAAUGAUCAUCAAUUCGCAGGAAACACCCAAACCUGAUGAAGAGAAUGGUGCUCCAUAUGUUAUAUACAACAAAGAUGGCCACCACCAACAAGGGCCAAACAGCAGUAAUGGUCAGUGGGGUCCAGGGCCUUCACAAAACGGUUACCCAGCUCUUGUAUCAUCUCAACAUGAACCAGCUGAACAAUCGACUGAACAGGCAUCUCAAUCAACGAUUGCUUCACCUUUACCAUCACCAUACCCUAAUACCAAUACAAUUCAAUUCAAGGUUCUGGAAAUGGUGGAGAAGAUGAAACACCGCCAGAAGACAAUGUUGUUGAAUCUGAUCGAACACAACCAGGCCAUUAUGGUCCGGCCGACCCUUCCAAUUACUAUUCAGGUGUAAGAGGAGGCCCUCCACAUAUGUUGAGUCCAUCAAGUUUCAUGUCCUAUUUAAAACAGCCUGGUGUCAUGUUAACUCCGUUAAAUCCAGCAGAAGCUUCUGGUGAUUUUCCUAAUAUGCCAGACCUUAUUCAUCAACAACAAGAAGCAUCAGGGAAAAAAGGUUCUGAUCUGCGUCUAUUCAAAUGUCUUUCAUGUGGCAAAGACUUUAAACAAAAGGCUACGCUAAUGCAACACGAGCGUAUUCAUACUGACUCAAGACCAUUUGUGUGCAGUGAUUGCGGUAAACGGUUUCGUCAACAGUCUCAUCUUACGCAGCAUGUGCGUAUCCAUGCUAAUGAAAAACCAUUUGUAUGUGUUUACUGUGAGCGAACCUUCAGACAGCGAGCAAUCCUCAACCAGCAUCUACGGAUUCAUUCGGGUGAGAAACCGUACGGGUGUGGAGACUGCGGCAAGGCGUUUCGGCAGAAAGCCAUCCUGAACCAGCACGUCCGCACUCACCAAGACGUUGGUCCACACUUAGUGUAUAAAAAUGGGCAACUUUGGCCACAAGAUGUGCCAUUGCCUCAAUCUAAAAGUGGACAAUAUGAUUCAAAUGAUUCGUGUUUUUCUCCAGAAAAUGCUCCUCAGUUUCCUGCAUAUUUUAAAGAUGCCAAAGGUGUUGUGCAUGAAAUUUUUGGCCAGGCUGGUAAAAGUCUACCCGAUGUAAUCCAACAUGGCCGCAGUGCUGGCAUGCCACUUUAUGUUCGUUGUCCAAUUUGUAAUAAAGAAUUUAAACAGAAAUCUACUUUACUUCAGCAUGGUUGCAUUCAUAUAGAAUCUCGACCUUACCCAUGUGUUGAGUGUGGUAAACGGUUUCGUCAACAGUCACACCUCACCCAACAUCUACGUAUACAUUCAAAUGAAAAACCGUUUACGUGCAUUUAUUGUGGACGGAAUUUCAGACAACGUACUAUACUAAAUCAACAUUUACGUAUACAUACUGGUGAGAAACCAUAUAAAUGUUUGCAAUGUGGCAAGGAUUUCAGGCAAAAAGCCAUCCUUGAUCAACACACAAGAACUCACCAGGGAGAAAGGCCAUUUUGCUGUCCAAUGCCAAAUUGUCGUCGUCGGUUUGGUACUGAACAGGAAGUUAAACGUCAUAUUGAUAACCAUAUGAACCCUCAUGCGAAUAAGCGUAGAUCCGAUAGUGGUAAACCAGGCAGGCCUCCACACUUAAAUACUAUACUCAAUCAACCAUCGGGCAUUGUGAAACCAGAGUUAUACUUCCCACAGUGCUAUGCAAUGCCAUCACCUUUUGCAAACCACCAUCAUCCCCAACAAAGUUUUGUAUCUUCUUCUUCGGUUAAUCAUGUUCCUCCACCUCCACCAGAAUUUAAAGGUGCAACAGUAGUUAACAAUACAACAGACUUUAAGUCGCCUGCAAACCUUACAACUGCUGCACCAAUAGCAGUUGUCCAAUAAAAAUUGAGUUAAAAAAAUGUGUAUGGUUACUUGUCAAUUAUGAUUAGUACAUAAAAGUGGUGAAUGUGAUAUAUUCUGAACUAUUGGAAUGGAUAAUAUAAUUAUUUUUGUUAAUGACAAAACAGAUUUAGUCCAUAAAACAUUAGUUGUGAAGUUGUUUGUCAAAAAGACAUAAACCCUUGCGUUACCAUGUUGUUUUCUCUAAAAUAUUCUUAAACUAAUACAUGUUACCAAUAAAAUAUAACACAUAAAACAUAAUACUAUGGCCGUGUCUGUUGUAUAUAGUCUUAACAGAUUUAAAUUAAUGAAAUAUAUUUAAAUAUUUUUCCCUUAACAUUUUUAA